AUGCGAAUCAAAAAGACGCCCUCGCAAAAACACGAGCAGACGCUGUCGCCCUUCGUCCGCGAUUUCUCGACGCGAGCGAUCGAACUAUGCGAUAAAGAACGACGCGGGGAACUCUCGGAGUACCUCGCUUCAUUCCCCUCCAUAUGGCCUUUCCCACGGGGUGAUCUUUAUCACUGGAUUGCUCUGCUCAAUCGCUUCGAUGAGGUUCUCGAGGAACUCGUCACAAAAUACAACCUGAAGGCCGGACCGCAGCUAAUACCCUUCGAAGCUGGAGACGAAGCCCUCCUUAUCGACAUUAUCGACUUCAGCCGUCUACUCAUCGAAGAAUGCGGUAAUCGGAGUCUAUACGCCAGUAGUAGUUUCCUGAACGACCUUCUGAAUACCACCUCACUAUCACUCCUCGUUAGUGUUCUCCGUCUUGGUCAGAAGCUCGCCCAACGAUAUCACAGCUCUAGAUCGCGUACCGGAGCUUUAUCUACUGCCGCCAACAAUGCUCUCCUCACGAAUCAUUACAAUAUCAGCCUCGACAAGGUCACAAAAAUCGCAUCCGGGUUCGUAGGCAGUGCUCCUCCAACAACCACCUCUUCCACCACUACUACCACCACCACCACAACCACACAGCCGACGUCUACGCCUGCCAAGACUUCCCUCAAACCUCUCGUCGUCGCGAAUGAUCUGCACAAAUUGGCCACAGACACCUCGGAGCCUGGCGUUUCCGUCGGAAAGGGCAAGAAACCAGCUCCCAAAGAUGGUUCCUCUUCCGAUUCAUGGGCCGUCUAUGGUUCUGUUACCUUCACCUACUACGUCCAUCCCACACCCCCGCCAAAACCACCAACCCUUGAGAAAGGCAAAACACCAACUCAAACCCCUCGUAAGGCUAGCGGUUUGAGCAAGGAGCACAGCGCUACCAAGGCCGAGUUGUCUUUCGAAGAGGCGAUUGCAGGUGUUGGCGAAUCGAAACCUACUCCUACCGGUGUUCAGACUCUUGACAUCCCCGCCUCGGUUAUCCAAUCCACGAGCAUUAUCGAUAUCCUAACAACCGAGCUCCCAAAGAUCCCAACUGAAUACCAUUACGAGCUACUACAACGUAUUCGCGUCGCCAAAGCUUUCUCGGAAUCGGCCGAGGCGAGACGACUAAUCCUGGGUAUUCGUAUUCUUGCGGUCACGAAUUUGGCAUAUGUUCUCAGCGAGAGUAAUUUCCAGUCCCGAGUUCUAGGACCCGACAACGAUGAACCUCGACGAUUUCAGCUUGUCUUCCAACUAGCCGACUUGGUCUCUCCUAACCGUGGAAGAAAUGUCGAGAAGUGGCUGCAAACGUUCGCUUUCUCAGGGUUGGAGGCUUUGGCCAAGUGUAAAACAAGAAAUGCAGACGUCAAUGUUGCCCUGGGCCUCAAUGUCAGCCACGGUAUCCUCCUGACUCUCCUACGAAAAGCUAUCACCGAACUCGGCGACGAAGAGAAAGGAAACGAUCUCAAAUCCAAUCGGGAAGACGAGGAAUGGCGCAAAUCGCUUUUCGACCUAACUAGUAGCCUACCUAGUCAGCAAGUAUCCGGAGGUCUCCUCGUUGGCGCUGGACUUAUCAACUGCCUCGUUUCGGUCUUAAACCUACGAACCUACAAAGGCAUCCCUUACAUUCCGAAGGCCUUGCAGUUUCUCGAUGGUCUUGUCUACGGGAUUCCACCAGCGUUUGGAAACUUUGCAAAUGCCAACGGUUUGGAUGCUAUGGUAGAAUUGGUUAGUUGGCAAGUCACGACCGCACUCGUUGAGUCCAAAGUUCCAGGCGGAUCCUUCCCGGAAGUUUAUAGGUCCCCGUCUACCGAUUUUGAAACCGGAUGGUAUCACGCGUAUAUUCUUAAGAUGGCGUUCAAAUUCACCCACCACAUGCUAAGUCAAACCGGAAACACCUCUGAGCGUCUGCUUCGAAACUUGAUAGAUUCACCAAAGCUCUUGGAGGCAUUGAAGUCGGUCAUCGCGAAUGGAAAGAUGUUUGGAAGCUCUGUUUGGUCUUCUGCUGUUAACAUCCUGACGACUUUUAUUCACAACGAGCCUACUAGCUAUCCGAUAAUUCACGAGGCUAGGCUUAGCCAUUGCUUAUUUGCUGCGGUUACCGGACGACCUAUCGAACAAUUCUUGGAGGAGACCGCUGCUGCUGCUGCAUCACCCACACUUGAACGCGCCCCGACAACCGAAGGCGAGGAAGCUGGGAACUCCCAAGAUACGCAAAUAAUCGAUGCGGAUCAACUGGAGGCGACCUCUCAGACCGCCACCACGGGUGAACCGGCAAUAGUCGCAGCGUCCGCUUCAGAUAGUCAGCAGACGGAAAAGCCCGCAGUUAGUCUGUUAGUCGAGAAUCCAGCCGCCACGAUCCUACCGGCCCUCGACGUCAUGAAUACUAUUCCUUUGGCUUUCGGUGCUAUCUGUCUCAACAACUCCGGUCUCAGCCUCUUCAAAUCUUCUGAUGCGUUGGAGAAAUUCUUUGAGAUCUUUGAGAGCGCUGAGCACGUCAAGUGUAUGUCCGACUCCGAUAUUUCAACUGCGCUUGGUAGCCAGUUUGAUGAAUUAAUCCGACAUCACCCAUCUUUGAAAGAGGAUAUAAUGAAGGUCAUUGUCAAGAUGGUGGGGAAGAUCAUCGAACUUGGUCACCGAUUUGCGGCAAAGGAAGGUGCUGGCGCUAAGGUUUUCAUUGAAGAGAAUGGCGAGUACGUGGUAUCCGGAGGCCGACGAGCUCUUAAUGGUGUCCACAGGAAAUCUGUCAAUGUUCCCGUCACAAAUACCGAUGAUAGUGAUUCGGAUGAGAGCGACGUUGAAAUGGGCGAAGAUGACGAUACUCCUCCCCGUACGAGGAACACGGAACCGGAACCACCCACGACCACGGAGGAACCUGCACAACCCGCUGUAGUUGAAGAGCCUGUCGAUGAUUUGCCUAUUGAGAAGGUCUUGAUGUCCGAACUGAAGGAGGAGGAAGAUUCUGAUGUUCAGUAUCCGGAAAUCUCAAUCUCGAUGUAUAUUGAUGUCAUGUCCCGUUUCCUUGAAGGGUUCCUAUCUCAUCAGUCCCACACUCGUGACUUUGUCAAGCGGGGCGGGUUCGACAAAUUAAUUGCCAUCUACUUCUUGCCGUCUCUUCCCUUCGAUUUCGCAUCUCGAGCAGUUUCUCUCGCUAUGACAAGGGUCAUGCACCUUUGUGGUGAGGCUUCACCUGGAACUACCAUUCCAACUUUGCUUGGUAACACUGAGAAGGCGAUCAAAGAUCUUGAACCUCUAUUGAAGCAUGAAUCUAAGGAGGCGUUCUUCCGACCUCUCACAUCGCCUCAGACUGGCGAUUCGGAGGCUUCUGGAAAACAACCCCUUGAUGAAGCUGCAGAACUUGUCAAGACAAAGGGAACCGAUCUUAUCAAGGAUCUUGUUACAGCGCAUGCUCUCACCACUCUUCUCUCGGAGCUUUAUUCCCAAACCUUAUACAACAGCCGAACCACAAGCCAAUUAUUCCAGCCUGUUGCUCAACGCACAUAUUACGAAACCCUCGUCCCAAGUUUGGGUGCUUUGCACCGAGCUUGUGUUUGGGAAGAAAUCCUUCUCCAAAGGAAUCUUCCGGAUACUUGGAAGGAAGCUACGAAGUUUAAGGAUGGACUCGGAUUCAGCCCGGAUGAUGACCUCAUCGGACCUGACGGCCAGGAGUUACCGCAAAAGACCGCUCAAGAGAAACGAGAUGAGAAGGAAGCGGCUAAGAAGGCUGUCAGCGAAAGUGAGGGCAAAACCCCGUGGUUUCAAAACGUGAAGACUAUUCGAUUUUUGAUAAGUCAGAUCCCGAGCAGCAUUACGCCAUUCUUUCAAGGACUUGCGAGAGUUUUGGUCACUAGACGUGGCUCGGAUCCGACUCACAAGAAGCACGCCUUCAAAAUUGCGGAUAGCAUCUCCGACGUCAUGUUUCAGCAUUUGACUUGGAAACGAGUUGAACUAUGGGAUUCUGUCACGGAUCGAUACAGCUACUUGAUAAUUGUCUUGUCUGCUAUCUCUUCGCUUUUGCUAGAGGGUGGUGAUCGAAACGGUGGCUCACAAGUUAUUUGCAUUAUUUUGAUUACAUUCAAGCAGAACGAGGGUCUAAAGACAGUUGCCGACAUCCUAGAGACUUUCUGGAAAGACGUUCAGGAGAUUGCUGUGGAUACUUCCGACGCGAGCUCACGCAACAGGCUAGCUCACUGCUUCGGUGGCAUCAAAGUCAUCCUUUCACUCUUCUCCCAGCUUGUCAACUCCAAGGCUCUCCUCGAGUCCCCACAAACCGGCCACCUCCACUAUUCGCGAGAAAGAGAUAGGGAUCGACCGGAUUACUUCAACGCUCACCAGUUUUUGGUUGAGUUGAGGUACUUGAUACUCCCUGUCGUUGAAGCUAUGUGGAACUCGCCGUCAGUUGAGAAGGUGUUCCCGACUAUCGUCAAAGCCGUCGUAGAAAUUCUUGGUACAGUUCUCAAAGCCGAGGGCGAGAGCGGUGCUUUCCAAAGACGCGAUAAGGGCAAACAUCCAACCAUGAUUUCUUGGAGAUCCUUCGAACCGAAUCAAGAUCAUAUUCAGCAACUUAGGGAUAUGGGCUUCAGCCUCGAGGCCUCACUUCAUGCUCUACGCCGUUCGCACAAUAACGUUCAGUCUGCGACAGACUAUCUUAUCAACCACCCCGAGGAAGCUGGUAGGGCCGGCGCUUCGGGCUUGAGAAGACGUGCUAGUGACGACGAUUCUAGCUCAGAUUCCGAGGCUGAUACGGAUGUUGAUGGGCCGACAGAAGAUCCUCCUACUGCCGGACAGGGCCGAGCCGCCGGUGAGAGUGCCACUGCCAGCGCUGCAGCUCCCGCAGCUCCUGUAGAAACUUCUGCUACUCAGUCUGACCCAAGCGUUCCGGUGGUACCUGUACUAACUGGGAAUGAAACCGCGUUUGGAGAACACCUGAAUACGACCGCGGGCGCAACCACACUCCCUGUUGCUAGCACAAGCGGCUCAGCAGCUCCAGCUCAGAGUUUACCACCAGUUACCAUUCCCGUUGUUCCGCAACCGUUGCCAACGCAAACUUCUACUGGCGAAACCUCCACGUCGGCGGCUCCACCAGCUAGCACUACCCCCGCUAGAACUUCUUUGGCCGAGUUGUUGAAUCCCGCGCCACUUACAGGUGAUGACCAGGAUGGCGGAUUGAUGGCGAUGAAUAUUGAUGAUCUUCCUGUUGCCGUUCCUAUCGUUGCACCUCAAGGUGAAUCUUCCGCAGCGUCUGGAUUUUCCGGCCCUCCAGCACCACCCGCACCACCUUUGCCUUCGGCUGAUGAUAAGGGAAAAGCUAAAGAGGAGGAAGAAUCCUCUCAAUUUGUCGUGACAAUUGAAGACCUCGAGGAGAAGAGACAGGUUAUCAGUGGAGGCCUUGUCGACCGUGCUCUUGAGAUCCUUACGAUGCAACAUGAAGUUACUUUUGAGCUCGCCCAUCUUGUUACCAAUGCUUAUACGAAGGGCACAGAGGAUCUCAGGAGAGAGGCUGUCACAACGAUCUUCCAGUCUCUCAUGUCGCUUCAGCUUGACGACGAUAUCCGCCCACAAGGCAAGACCAUCGCUGCUGUUGCGCACUUCCUAGGUCUGGUCCUCCAGAACUCGACUUUCUUCAAUGCUGGCUUAGAAGAGUAUAAGGAUCAACUUCCAAUUGUCACUUCAUACAUCAAAAUCUACCAGAACGAGCCGUGCCCGUGGAUUGGAAGAAUUCUCUUAGUACUCGAGAAGUUUUUGAUUGAGUCUUCGCAACCGCAACAAAUUGAUUUCGUGCCACCAGAUUCUGACGAAGGGUCUCAACGGCCGCCGAUUCAACCAGGCUUCGUUGUGCCGCUCGAUCAACAGCUUUCAAUCUUCAAUUCGAUUAUGAGUGCUGUUCCCUGUGUUGGAAAAGAUGAGGCUACCGCGCUUGCAAUCGUUCGACUUUUGGUGCUUUUGACCAGGAAACGAGAAAUUGCGCUGAAGAUGGGAGAAUACCAGAACAUCAACCGACUAUUCCACAUGUUCAAGGGUAUGGCCGGUAGCGACACAUCCAAGAUCCGAAGUUGCAUCAUGCUUAUCGUCCGCCACAUCAUCGAAGACGACGAAACGGUCAAGACGUUUAUGGCAAGCGAAAUCAAGACCUUCUUCAAGAAUCGGGGUCAAAGGGGUAGUAGACAUAUUGAUCCUUCGACUUUCUGUCGACAGUGCUCGCAUUUGGUGCUCAGGAAUCCGGAGGUGUUUGUGGAGGCUACGAAUGAGCUUUGCAAGUUGUUGAAUUAUCAGCCAAGUGUGAGACAUCAGCAGAUUGUGUUGAAGGAGCUGGACGGAAAAGAUGAGAAGAAGGAUGCUGAUGAGGAACAGAAGGCUGAAGGUGAAGAAUCAGAGGCAGGGCCUUCGGGAACCACAUCUACUGGACCCUCCGAAGAUACUGAGAAGGGCAAAGAAGUCGAUAAGGGUAAAGCAAAUGCCGACGUCCCCAUUCCAGAGAAGCCGAAGGCAGUUACCGAAUUGAAACCGCCAGGUGUGGAGAAACCGGAUGGGGUUGUCCAUUAUUUGCUUUGCGAGCUUUUGGCAAUCAAGGACGCAGAUCUCAACGAGGGUGUUGCUCCUACGACUACUACAGACGAGAAACCUGCAGCCGCAAGUGCUACCGAGGCCAAGACAGAGACCGGUGGUGAUGUUGAGAUGACCACUGAGGAGAAUACUUCAUCGACACCUGGCGCCCCUGCUACACCAUCCGACAAACCAGCGAAGAGUGAGAAGGUGGAGUUCAAUGGAGCAGAUCAUCCAAGUUAUCUGUAUAGGUGUUUCCUAUUACAAGCCCUUACGGAGAUUUUGGCGUCCUACAACCGCAGCAAGCUCGAAUUUAUCAAUUUCUCACGAAGAGCCAAUGCCCGAGAUCCGAUCACGCCUUCGAAACCGCGCACAGGAAUCUUGAACUACCUCCUUACAGAUUUGAUUCCUGUUGGAACUCUUUCUCAGCCUGACGAUACCGUAUUCAAGAAGAGGACUAUGACUUCCAACUGGGCAAUUUCAGUGGUCGUUUCUUUGUGUGCUCAUACUGGCGAGACAGCGAAUGUGGAUGAAGAGCCGGAUUUGAUAUUUGUCCGUAAACACGUUCUUGACGCUUCGAUCAAAGCAUUCAAGGAUGCCGGUGCUUCUUCUGAACACCUAGAUGCCAAGUACGCACGAAUGCUCAAUCUCUCUGACCUCCUUUAUCGAAUGUUGGCAUCCCGACCGAAUGCCUCGCAGAACAACCACCUCCUCGAGAAGUCGCAGAAGCAACUUGCCAAAUUUAUGUUUGAGAAGAAUUUUGUGAACGCGUUGACGAAUUCGUUGAGCGAGAUCGAUCUCAACUUCCCAAGUGCACGUAGGGUGAUUAAGUACAUCUUGCGACCUCUAAAGCUACUUUCGAAAACUGCGUUGGAUCUUGGAGAGGAGGAUAUCAACAUUUUGGGAGCGGAGCAACAAUACCUUGGCGGAGAUGACGAACUUUCUUCCAUGGAGAGCCUGAGCGACGAUGAUGGUGUCGAUGAUACUAGGGAGGAAACUCCUAAUUUGUUCCAAAAUUCGGCAUUGGGUAUGUUGGAAGGUGGAGAAAUGGAAGACGAGGAAGAUGAAUAUGGGGACGAAGACGAUGAAAUGUACCUUGAUGAUAUGGAGGAGUAUGAGGGGGAAGAGGAGGAUAGUCAAGCUAGUGAUGAUGAAGAUUUGCUCGAUGAGGAAGGAGUUAGGGAACGUAUGGAAAUGGAAAUUGUCGUUGAUGAAGGCCAUGCAUCAGAUAGCGAGGAUGAAGAUGAAGACAUGGACGAUGACGAUGAUGAGGAUGACGACGACGAUGACAUUGGUGAUGACGAGCUCGCCCAUGAGGUACAACGCGCAAUCGAGUACCAAGAUGAAGACGAUUGGGAAGCUAGCGACAAUGGUGAUGCCGAUGGUCUUGUGGGAGUGUUACAGCAGGAUCAAGAUGGACUCCUCGACCACGUUAAUCGUGUCAUUGCCGGUGAUGGCGAUCUUGCUGAGGAAAUGAUGGAGGAUCGCGAAGAAGGGUUUAUUGAGGAUCCAGAAGAAGAUGAUGAAGACGAAGAAGAAGAGGAGGAAUUAGAUGAAGACGAUGCUGUUGCACAGGAUGAAGAAGGGGAAGAUGAUGAGGACGAAAUGGGUAUUCCCUGGGAGUGGACAGAUGAUUAUGGAGAUGCGCCUUUGAUGACUCGGGCUAGACAUCCGAAUCCACAGGGGAAUGGGUGGUAUACACUUGGUGGCACUUCUCGAGAUAUUAUUCUCACCGGAGGCGGAGGCCGACCGACUGAAGAAAACAUGCAAAAUCCACUUCUCCAGCCGGCUGCUCACACCGCACAUCCUCGAACGGCUCUUCAUCGUCACGGACAUGGUGGUGAAUGGAUUAAUGCCUUUGACCCAUUUGACGCCCCCGCUAUUGGUGGUCCAGGUGCUGUUUCUUGGCUGACAUCGCUCAUGAAUCUUGUUGGUCGCGCGCAGAACUUACCAGCUACUAUGGCCGCCGGUGGUGGUACUUUGCAGUUCCAUAUUCAAGCCGGACCAGGUUCCGGUGGUAUGUUCCCACCUGAGAUCGAGGCGUUGCUUAAUAUUCGACGACCGGGACAUCAGGAUCCGAGAUCACGCGAGCAACGAGCAGAUCCUCUUAGUGCGGUUGCAUUUACGCCUUAUUCUACGAUUCAACGAUGGCUUGAUGAAAUGAGACUUGGAUGGGGUGCUGGAGGUCAGGACAUUGCCGGACGAGUUAUUAAUUCGGUUUUGAGCCAGCUUGUGCCGCCUGCUAUUGAGGAAGAAAGACUACGAAAAGAAAAGGAAGAACAGAAGAGGAAAGAAGAGGAGGAUGCUAGGAAGAGAAAGGAAGAAGAAGCUAGGAUUGCGAGAGAAAAGGCUGAAGAGGAAGAGAGGUUACGAAAGGAAGAAGAAGAGAGGAAACGUAAAGAGGAAGAGGAGGCUAAGGCCGCUGAAGAGGCUGCAAGAGCUGCUGAAGCUGCUGCUGAAGCCGCCGCCGCCGCCGCUGCAGCUGCAGCUUCGAGUGCCAAUGCUCAGGGUUCCGCCGACGGUGGAGCUAUGGAGGGUGUCGAGUCUUCGCAAGCACAAGAGCCUGGAUCUUCGGAGGCAGGACCGUCAGAACAACCACCACAGAGGGCCGUUACUUAUAUCCGUGGCCGCGAGGUUGAUAUUACUGGAAUGGGCAUCGACCCUGAAUUCUUGGAGGCACUGCCGGAAGAAGUCCGAGAGGAAGUUCUUACUAAUCACAUCCGGGAGCAACAGCAGGCAUCGAACACAGGAGACCAGACCAAUGAGAUUAGCCCAGAAUUCUUGGAUGCUUUACCUGAAGAUAUCCGACAAGAAAUCAUUCAACAGCAACAGGCUGAGCAGCGACGACGAGAACGGGAAACUCAGAGAGCCGGUACAGGACAAAUACGCGGUCCCGCUGAUAUAGAUGUCGCAAGUUUCUUGGCUACUCUCGAUCCUUCUUUACGUCAGGAAGUCAUCAUGGAGCAAAACGACGAGAUGCUUGCUCACUUCCCAGAGAAUAUUGUAGCCGAGGCGAAUGCACUACGAGACAGAUCUCGGAUCCAGCAACUCGGAGAUAUCACUCGAGUUGUGCGUUCCCGACCCGAAGAGGUUCAGCCGCGACUUAUUCCCGAAAAGAAGGUUCGCAAGCAGACGCCGCAGAUGCUUGAUAAGGCUGGGGUUGCUACUUUGCUACGGCUCAUGUUUAUUCCGCAACAAGGAAGUACCAAACUAUCGCUUCAUGAGAUCCUCGUCAACAUUUGCGAGAACAAGGUUACUCGAAACGAAGUUUUGGGAUUGCUUUUGUCAAUCUUGCAAGACGGAAGUACCGAUAUGAACGCCGUCGAAAGAAGUUUUGCGCAGUUAUCGCUCAGGGCCAAACAGAUUAAUUCAUCAUCAUCCACCAAGACGCCACAGUCGGCACUUAAGAAGGCACCGACGAUUCCUCUACCGCAGACGAAUAGUGAAAUGUCGCCGUUGAUGGUUGCGCAACAGUGUCUUGGUGCCAUUACAUCUCUUGUUAACUACAAUGACCAUAUCAGCGGGUUCUUUUUGAAUGAACAUGAUAUCCAGACGGGACUCAAGAGGUCUGUUAGUCGGAAGGGUAAAGGCAAGGAGAACCAACAGAGCAAGGCGAAUCGAUAUCCCUUAAACGCUAUGCUUGCACUUUUGGAACGACCAUUGAUGACGGAGAGUUCAGGGUGUAUGGAACAGCUUGCUACAUUGCUCAGUGAGAUCACUAGACCGCUUUUGUUGUUGUUGAAGAAGGAGAAGAAGAAGUUGGAAGAUAAGAAGGCUGAGGAUGAAGAAAAGAAGACUUCUGAAGAGCAACCACAGGAGGGACAACAGACUGAAGGUGGUGAAGGGGCUGCUGUAGCUACAGCUACAGCUACGGCUACUUCGAAUACCACAACGACUUCGGAGGGUCAGGCUCCACAACCUACUGCCCAGGUAGCCACGACUACACAACAACCAACUCAACCGGCUCAACCGGCUCCAGAGGUUCAAGUUACUUCCCCCGACGGACCAUCGGCUACUGCUGGCGCUUCUACUUCUGCUGAGCAAGCUACUGAGGAAUCGAAGGACAAACCUAAAGACGAAACCAAGCCUGUUCCUGGGAGGAAGAGAGGCGGCUUGAUAGCCCCCGUUGUUCCAGAUCAUAACCUUUGCCUUGUCGUUGGCAUAAUCACAAGUCGGGAGUGCACUAGCAAGACCUUCCGGGAAACUUUGAGCACCAUGAUCAAUUUGUCUGCUAUCCCCGGUGCUAAGGAAAUCUUUGGAGCUGAGUUGAUUCGACAGGCCCAGAUCCUUGGUGGUACUAUCUUGGAAUCCCUCGUAGAGCUUGCUUAUAAUCUCAAAAAGUCAGAGAGCGGGACCGAAAUUGAGGGACUUGCCAAUUUCUCACAGGGUAGUUCUGAUCAAGCCAAGUUGUUGAGGACUUUGACAGCUCUUGAUUACCUCUUCGACGCUAGUAAGAAGAAGAAGGAGGAACAGCGACAAGAAGGAGAGAACGCUGAAGCCUCUGAGGCUCCCAAGACUGAUGAUUCCCGUCCUACGGAUGCGGAAAUUUUGGGACGACUAUACGAAAAUCUGUCUUUCGGUCCACUUUGGUCCUGUCUCAGCGAUUGUUUGGCUGUCAUCCACGACCGAGAGGAUAUGCUCCACGUUGCCACUAUUUUGCUUCCACUUAUUGAGUCUCUGAUGGUUGUGUGCAAGAACAGCGGAGUCAGCACGAAGCGCUCCGCUGGAGGACAAUCUCAGCCACUUUCUGCGGUUUCCGAAUCGAGUAUGCAAUCUCUCUUCUUUACUUUCACCGAGGCCCACCGCAAGAUCCUCAACCAAAUGGUUCGCAACAACCCUAAACUUAUGAGCGGAUCAUUUUCUUUGUUGGUUCACAACCCCAAGGUUCUCGACUUUGACAACAAGCGGAAUUACUUCAACCGACGACUUCAUACGCGCGUUCCAGGUCGGGAUUCAAGUCUUAACUAUGGACCUUUGCAACUCAACGUCCGACGUGACCAGGUCUUUAUGGAUUCGUACCGAUCAAUGCAUUACAAGCGUGGAGAUGAGAUCAAAUACUCCAAACUCAAUAUCCGAUUCCAAGGCGAAGAAGGUGUUGAUGCCGGUGGUGUUACGAGAGAAUGGUUCCAAGUUCUCGCACGACAAAUGUUUAACCCUGGCUAUGCGCUCUUCUUGCCUGUCGCCUCCGACCGCACGACAUUCCAUCCCAACCGUAUGAGUAGUGUCAAUUCCGAACAUUUGAGCUUCUUCAAGUUCAUCGGCCGUAUUAUUGGAAAAGCACUCUACGAAGGUCGCGUUCUCGACUGCCAUUUCAGCAGAGCCAUGUACAAGCGUAUUUUAGGGCAAAAUGUCAGCCUCAAGGAUAUGGAAAACUUGGACUUGGAAUACUAUAAAUCUCUACAAUGGAUGCUUAAGAACACCAUUGAAGAUGUUCUCUUGCUGAGCUUUAGCGUUGAUACAGACGACUUUGGUGUUGAAAGGGUGUUAGAUUUGGUCCCCAAUGGAUCUAAUAUCCCAGUCACGGAUGAGAAUAAGGAAGACUAUGUGAAGAAGGUGACGCAGUUUAGGCUCGUGGGCAGUGUGAAGGAGCAGAUGGAUCAUUUCUUGCAAGGUUUCCAUGAUAUCGUUCCUGCGGAGUUGAUUGCUAUCUUCAAUGAACAGGAGCUUGAAUUGUUGAUUUCGGGUCUGCCGGAUAUCGAUGUUGAUGAUUGGAGGAACAAUACUGAGUAUCAAAAUUAUACUGCCUCGUCGCCACAGGUGCAGUGGUUCUGGCGAGCAGUUCGAUCUUUCGAUAAAGAAGAGCGAGCCAAACUUCUUCAAUUUGUCACUGGUACUUCUAAGGUUCCUCUCAAUGGGUUCAAGGAGCUUGAGGGUAUGAAUGGGUACUCUAAGUUCAAUAUUCACCGGGAUUAUGGCAAUAAAGACCGGUUGCCAAGCAGUCAUACUUGCUUCAAUCAAAUUGAUCUUCCUGAGUAUGAAACAUACGAACACCUCCGCAAGAACUUGCUUACAGCCAUUACAGCUGGUGCGGAGUAUUUCGGCUUUGCCUAA